CGUGUUAUUAAAAUGCAUAUAUAAAAGUGGCACGAAUCCAACGUAGUAUAUUUUGUAUAUUAAUUAUCCUAUUUUUUAACUUUUGUAGGUCGACAAAAAUUGACAAUUUAGAGGUACUGAAUAUUCAUCCCACAGCAGUAAAUCCAAAUUUUAUCAAAGAAGAGCAUAAAUAUGAAGACGCACUUUUCUAUGUAUAUUAUCCCGUCUAUACUUUUCGAAUAUCAAUGAUUGUUUAUACCAAUGAAAUUAUUUGGAAUUGGAAUCAGAAUGCAAAUAAAAAUUUUUGUUGCAUAAUAGUUAACUACCGUUAUAAAAACACAGAUGCAUUAUUCACUAAUCUCGUUCUUGUUUCUAGGAAUGAUUAUCAUGGACAAAAUGUGUCUAAAUGCCCAGAAUUGGAAGCCGAAUUUCCAUCCUGUUAUAGUCGUUUAAAGACUGCCCAUGAACGUAUUGAGAGAAUGAUGCAAGAAGAACAGAGACGUUUAGACGAAUUUUCCCAAAUACUAGAUAGCUUUUUAGGAACAGAUGGCCAAACAACACAAACAGUUACAGAAUGGUCCCAGUCAGAAACAGAGGUUUCAACCUCAGAAGAACAACAAACAUCAGAAGUUUCAAAUCUUGACACAGAGGUUUCAACGCCAGUUGAUCAACAAACAUCAGAAGUAUCAAAUUCUGAGGAAGAGUUUCCAUCUAUUGUUGGAAAUUCAUCCGAAAUUCAAAGUGUAAUAUAUCCUUAA